GUGUUGUCAAAAAUUUUUGUAAUUUGUGGUUAACUUGCCAUUGUUUGGAAAAUUGAUAAAUGAUUUCUUUUUUAACGAAAACAUUGUUUAAAACAUUUAAAUUUGUCAGUUAUGGAUGAAUCAGAGGGUCCCAUUUUGUAUGUUUUAGUUAUUGGUUUUCAUCACAAAAAAGGAUGCCAAGUAGAAUUUUCUUUUCCGCCAUUAGUUCCUGGAUCUCCUAAUGAAUGUCCACCCGGUUGGAAGUAUUUACCAACAUUAGCUUUACCUGACGGUUCUCACAAUUUUGAUGAAGAUACAGUAUUUUUUCAUUUGCCCAGUUUAAAAAAUCCAAAGCAGACAGUUUAUGGUAUUUCGUGCUUUCGACAAAUACCAGUUGAAAAGCUUAAAAAUGUUACCUCUGAUGUUACUAGAGGCACAGUGCAAAAGUCAGUUUGUGUGUUAAGUCAGAUUCCUCUUUAUGGACAAAUUCAAGUUAAAAUGGCACUUAUAACCCAUGCAUAUUUCGAUGAAGGAGACUUUAGUAAAGUGUCUAUUUUAGAAGAUACAUUCCAUCAUCUAAACUCUGUCUUAAAACAAAAUGAUAUUGGCCAGCAACUUUUUGUAGGAUUAUCAGCUAGAGAUUUUAUUUUGCAGUGGAAACAUAAAGCAGUACUUUUAUUUAAAUUGCUGUUAUUAGAAAAAAGGGUAAUAUUUUUUAAGUCUCCAGUGCUUCCACUAUGUUCCACAAUUUUAACCUUGGUUUCCUUAUUUCCUGAACUAAUUGAAAAUGGUCUGAAUCAAUCAGCUUGUAUAAGAUUAUCAAGACCUAUGUCACCAAUGCCGGAAUUUUCAGAUGAUGAUUCACCUAUACAUUCACCAGUGAAUCAUUUUAGUCGAAAUAUAAAUAAUGUUAAUUUAAAUCAAAAUUGUAAUCUAGAAGUGAAUACUACUCACUUUCGCUCAGAAAAUACCAGUCAAAAUGAAAACAAUAAAAACGAACUAAUUGAAAGUGCAGUUGAACUCACUGAAUCAACGUUAGUUUCAAAGGAAGAAAGUAAUGGAAUUAAUAACAUAGGGGAGAAAAGCAAUAGCUUACGCCGAGACAUGAGUUUGGAUACUAUAGCGGAUUCGGCACGGAACAAUAUGAGUUAUCUUGCCCAACUUAGUAUAGAAUCGUGUGGAUUUCCUUUAGCUAUAUUUACCAAGGGUUGCUUGUGCUUGCCUUACUUGUCGUUGCCAUAUUUAGAUUUACUUGUUGACAUUAAUGUUAGAAGCUAUGUAGUUGGAGCUACAAAUAUUUUAUUCAAACAGAAGAGACAACUUUAUGAUAUUCUCGUUGACAUCGAUGGAAAUAGAAUAGAAUGUCAGGAUGUUACAUUAAGAAAACAUCUUCAUUUAACUACAGAGGAUCUUAGAUUUGCUGAUUAUAUUGUUAAGCAUGUAUCUGAGGAAAAACAUGAUGUUUUCUUAGACGGGGUUGGAUGGGAAGGAGGCGAUGAGUGGAUAAGAGCUCAGUUUCGAGUUUAUUUGUUGUGCUUAUUAAGGACUUCUUUGUUACAAGAUGGCGCUAGAGAAAUAGACCAUUUUAAUGCAAGUUAUAUCACGGCUUUGCGGGACACUCACAACUAUAAAAUAUGGUUAAGUGGCGUCAAUCCAGGAAUAUUAGACGUACACCCGGGUCAUCCUUUUGCUGGACAAUUGUCUGUUGCUGAUAUGAAACUUAGACUGACGCACACAAUGCAAAGUACGGAAAGUGGUCGGAAACUUAACCAAGCAAUGAGCUCUACAGGUAGAGCAGUAGUGACAACAAGCAAAGCUGUAGGAGGAGCAAUUUCUCAAGCCAAAGGAGCGUUCUCAAGCUGGUGGAGUAAUCUAUUAGUAAGCCCAGAACCUGUUUUGAGUAAAGAAACAGAACCCAACGGCUUGCCUGAUGAAAAACCAAACGCUACGUUGGAUGAAACGCCGGAAAAUGACAAGGAGACAAUUCUGAAUGAAAAUGUAGGCAAUAUGACAGAAAAAGACCACACAAAUAUUUUCAACGAAAUAAAACACUUGACGAAAGACAUGGAUACUUUCUUAGUCAGUGAUAAAGUAAACGGUACCGAAUGUACUGAAUCUCACGUUAAAAGUCUGUCAAAUAUACAUGAAACAAGUCAAAUUGCUGUAGAUAAUGGAAAAAGUUAAUUUACUGUAGAAUUAUAAGAUUUUCCAGUUACAUACUUGAAUUUUAAAAUUAAUAUUAUUUUUAUACUUGUUUUGUUUCCUUACUUUGUUAUUUUUAUAUCUUUUUAUUUGUAAUA